AUGCCGGCCGUCGCCCAACGCCCUCAGUCGGCCUAUGGCCCUCCCAGGUCGUCGGUCGAGUCCGACAGCGGCAGCGAACGAUUCACAUCCGCCCUCGAGAGACGAGCCAGUUUUCAACCCCAAUCCGGCCUCAAGCCACCCGGUCAGAACAGGCAACCGAGCUGGGAAAAGAUGCCCAAAGAUGGGUCUGUACAAAGGGCUGCUGGCGAGGUCUCCGGCCUCAAAGACUACAAGCUCGCAGNNCAACUGGGUGACUGCCUCGGCAAGGGUGCCUUUGGCAGUGUGUACCGCGCUUUGAACUGGGGCACCGGCGAAACUGUUGCUAUCAAGCAAGUCAAAUUGGCGGAUCUGCCAAAAGGCCAGUCUCGCGCUAUUAUGAUGGAAAUUGAUCUGCUCAAGAACCUCAAUCACCCAAACAUUGUCAAAUACAAUGGCUUUGUCAAGUCCACCGAAUCAUUGUACAUCAUUCUCGAGUGCGCCUGCCUGACACCUCAAUUUUCGGACUUCUGCUUACAUACUCAGANNUACUGCGAGAACGGUUCGCUGCAUUCUAUCUGCAAAAACUUUGGCAAGUUUCCCGAAAACCUUGUUGCCCUGUACAUGACCCAGGUUCUCAACGGCCUGUUAUACCUUCACGAACAGGGUGUCAUCCACAGAGACAUCAAGGGAGCAAACAUUCUUACCACCAAGGAAGGUCUGGUCAAACUGGCCGAUUUCGGCGUCGCCACGAGGAAGGAUACUGGCCUACAUGAGAGUAGCGUAGUCGGCACACCUUACUGGAUGGCUCCCGAGGUCAUCGAAUUGUCUGGUGCUACUACUGCUUCGGACAUCUGGAGUCUUGGAUGUACUGUCAUUGAACUACUCGAUGGAAGACCUCCGUAUCAUAAGUUGCAGCCCAUGCCAGCCUUGUUCCGCAUCGUCAACGAUGAUCAUCCACCGCUACCUGAAGGAGCUUCUCCGUGCUUCCAANAAGAUCCUAACCUCAGAGUCACAGCCAAGAAACUAUUGAAACACCCCUGGAUUCUCAGUGGUAGACGUUCCGACCAACCUGUCGCAAAACCUACACAGUAUGACGAAGCAGUAAAGAGUGUUCAACAAUGGAACGAAGCACUCAAAUCGCCACAAAAUACAUCCUCAAGGCGCUCCUCGUCUAGACCACUCUCGUUGAGCCCUGUACCUCCGAGACCCGAUGUUGGCUCACACCUGAGGACUCCUGGACUCAACAAAAGCGGCUUGGCAUUGGCGCAUCGAGCAAACGACACCAAACUUUAUGAAUCACCUGAAAGUGAUGCCAAAGACAACUGGGACGAUGAUUUUGCAACUUCCAUCGGCAAUUCAGCCUUGCAGCUGCCUCACCUGAAACCUCACGACAACUUUGCCGGCAUGUUAUCGUCGGAUAAGCUAAAACAAUAUGCUACUUUCGACAUGAACGCUGAGGAGGAAGAAGGGGAUAACUGGGACGACAACUUUGAAGGAGAUCUUACUGUGAGGAGUCCAAUGGAGGUAAUACGAGGCGACCCUAUGGAAACUGUGCGACCUUUCUUCCCACCUAGGGCCAAUACCUUCGACAUGAAGCAUACGGCACCUACAAGGAACCCAGGACAAACUACGCUACGGCACGCUCAAAGGGCUCUAGAGAAGACUGAUAAGGACAACCCAUCGAGGACACAGAUUCUUCGCCCAAUGCACAAAUCGACAAAAUCCGAGCCGAAACCUGUAGAUGCUCCUGUACGCCCAUCGCUAAUGUACCGGGAGAACUCGACUGAAGACUACUCCGAUCUGCUUGGACCAGAUAACGACUCGGUCUUCCGUCAGAAACUUGCGGCACUGACUAUCCGAAGUGACGAUUCUUUCGCCCCUAAACUGUUCCAUCCUUCUGACCUGAAGAGCCUACCUCGACCAAGUUCGCGUAUGGGUCAUAUGCGCCGACCAUCCCCUCAAAUCCAUGAUGCCGCCGCAAUGCGUAGAACACGUUCCGAAGUGGAGAUACAAAAGUAUGCUGAGGAUCCCGAGGACGAAGACUUCUCGGACAUCUUUGGCAAAGAAGACGGACAGCAGGUACCACCACCCGAGAGUGAGAGUGGCUCAGAUAUUGGAACUCUCAUGCUCAACUCGAAACUAUCAACGAAUUCAUGGCUCGGAGAUGAAGAAGACGAGGAUGAUCCGUUCGCACAACUCGAAGAAGGCUUUGACGAGAUGGAUCUGGAAACCAAUAUUGCUCGAGACAAGUUCGCUCGCUUGGUAACACUUGUCGAGGGCCUCGUUGGUUCACUCAAAGUCUCGCAACCCGAGGACUACCUACAAGAUAUUGUGGACCAACUCUUCCAAGUACUGUGGGAGUCUCCCGAGGUCAAGACUGUCGUUAUGUCGUCGCACGGCAUGUUGCCUAUCCUGGAGAUUCUGGAAACAUGCAAUCGUCCAACGACCAUCCUAAGACUAUUACAAGUUGUCAACUUGAUCAUCAUGGACAAUGUCGAGAUACAAGAGAACCUUUGCUUCGUUGGUGGCAUACCAAUCAUCACAAGAUUUGCGCAAAAGAGAUACAGCAGCGACAUCAGGUUGGAAGCUGCUGCAUUUGUCAGACAAAUGUACCAGACCAGUACACUUACUCUACAGAUGUUUGUCAGCUGUGGUGGUUUGAAUGUUUUGGUUGAAUUCCUUGAAGAAGACUACGAAGCGGAGAGAGACCUCGUGCUGAUUGGAGUGAAUGGUGUUUGGAGUGUGUUCGAGUUGCAAGGCCCAACACCGAAGAACGAUUUCUGUCGAAUCUUCUCACGCAGCUCAGUAUUAUAUCCACUCUCUUUGGUGCUCAAUCGAGUGCUGGAUGAAGAAGGCGAACUUGCCGAAUUAGUCGAGGGACGCAUCGUCAACAUCUUCGUGUUGUUCUCACAAGCCGAGAAUCACGUCAAGGAGGCAGUGGCUGAUCGCAUGGUCUUGAAGUGUGUGUUGAAGGAUCUGAAACGCAUGUCUCCUCAACACCAAAUCACCAUGCUCAAGUUCAUCAAGAACCUGUCUAUGCUUGCAACCACACUCGACGCUCUGCAGAACUCGAACGCGAUCGAGGUGUUGACUGAUCUCCUUAACGCUAGCAUGAAGGUACCGCACUUCCGCGAGAUCUCGAACCAGGUCUUGAACAUCAUGUACAAUCUUUGCAGAUUGAGCAAGACUAGGCAAGAAGAUGCUGCAUUGAAUGGCGUUAUUCCUCUCCUACAGCGCAUCGUUAAGACUGAGCGUCCAUUGAAGGAGUUUGCACUGCCUAUCUUGUGUGAUAUGGCACACUCUGGCAAAGUUGGAAGAAAGAUACUAUGGCAGAACAAGGGACUGCAAUUCUACGUCGGUCUACUUGCAGAUCAAUAUUGGCAAGUUACGGCUCUGGAUGCUAUCUUUGUCUGGUUACAAGAAGAGACUGCANAGGUAGAAGAACAUCUCCUCAGAGAUGACAGCUUCUCUAAAGCGAUUAUCAACUGCUUCAACCACAGCAAAGCUGACAGCUUCGAAAACUUCCUUGAGCCUCUUCAGAAGCUCUUGCGACUCAGUCCUCCCAUUGCCAGCUCUCUCAUACAUCCAGAUUUGUUCUUGCGCACGGCUCAGAAACUUCGCACCAAGAAGGCCUUGGUACGUCUCAACUUACUGAGAAUCAUUCGCAGCAUUUGCGACUCUAGCGAUGAAGACGGUGCACUCAUUCAUACAUUCGGUUUGCACCCUAUCAUCGCCGAGACUGCUAAGUACGACCCGGCUAUUCUGGUACGCGAGAUGGCUUCGGACUUGAUCAAAUCUUCCGAAUUGCACGUCUCUCGUGCUGUUCACAAUGCUCGUGUUGGCGAAGUCAACAACCGCCGCCAACUCCGUCGUUCGAGCUCUUCCACAAUGGUACCUACUGGCAAUUCUCUUCCUCCUACACCGACAACCGACCGUAUGCCAGGUCGUAUAGGUAGUUACUUCGACCCCUCCGCCGACUUACAACGUCCUUUCUCACGCGGUGCUACUGGCAUGGCGUCACCAUAUCGACCGAUCAGUCGUGACGGAGGUUCUGGCGGAUCAUCAACAGGCUGGAGUGCAUCGGGCUUCCUGGCAUCUCCGAGCGCUAUACCUCCGGUCGCUGGGCUCGUUUCGCUUGAUCGCACCGGCGCCAACAACAUCAACAACCUCGUCUCCAAAUCUCGUCUGCCUCGCACCAACCAUACCCGCGGCACCUCAGGCGCGCGUCUCAGCCUCGUUACUGCCGAAGGCCGAACCUCGCGUCCCGGUUCCCGAAGCGGACUGAGCAGCAAUGACAGAAGUGAAAACUUGACGCCAAAGAAUGCCGCUGCUCCAUCGCACGGCCAUGCUAGAACACCAAGUCGUCUCGGCCACCAGCAUCAGCUUUCUGCGCCCUCGGCGGCUAUAGGCAAUAUGAGACCUUCGCGAGGUAGACGCAUGACCAGUUCUGGCAGCAACGGCGGUGUCGGCGGAAACUAG